AUGGGUAACGAAUAUGCCGUCUAUCUGGCCAAGCUCGCCGAGCAGGCUGAGCGUUACGAAGAGAUGGUCGAGAACAUGAAGAUCGUCGCUUCCGAGGACCGCGACCUGACUGUCGAGGAGCGCAACCUUCUUUCCGUCGCCUACAAGAACGUUAUCGGUGCGCGCCGUGCCUCUUGGAGAAUAGUCACUUCUAUCGAGCAGAAGGAAGAGUCCAAGGGCAACUCUUCCCAGGUCACUCUCAUCAAGGAGUACCGCCAGAAAAUUGAGGAUGAGCUUGCCAAGAUCUGCGAGGACAUUCUCGACGUCCUUGACAAGCACCUGAUUCCUUCUGCUAAGUCCGGCGAGUCCAAGGUCUUUUACCACAAGAUGAAGGGCGACUACCACCGCUACCUUGCCGAGUUCGCGACUGGCGAUAAGCGCAAGGAUUCGGCCGACAAGUCCCUCGAGGCCUACAAGGCGGCUACCGAAGUUGCCCAGAGCGAGCUUCCUCCUACCCACCCUAUCCGCCUCGGUCUUGCCCUCAACUUCUCCGUCUUUUACUACGAGAUUCUCAACGCCCCCGAUCAGGCUUGCCAUCUUGCCAAGCAGGCCUUUGACGAUGCCAUUGCUGAGCUUGAUACCCUGAGCGAAGAGAGCUACAAGGACUCGACCCUCAUCAUGCAGCUCCUCCGUGACAACCUGACUCUCUGGACUUCCAGUGAGGCCGAGACUGCCCCUGCCGCCGAGGCUGCCGCCCCCAAGGAGGAGCCCGCCGCUGCCGAGGAGCCCAAGGCCGAAGAACCCAAGGCUGCCGAGUAA